AUGAAAUUUAUUACUACUUUAUUAUCAUUUACUUUUUUAAUAGUUCAAACAUUAGCACAACCAAGAACGCUUAAUUUAUUUGCAAGAGUAUUAGAUUCAACACAUGAAUUAGCUGAAAAAUUACAAAAUGCAACAAUAUAUUUUGAUUCAAGUGAACCUGGAUCAAAAUUAUUACAAAUUUUACCAAAUGAUGCAACACUCGAUAAAAGAGAAACAAUUGAAAGUGAAUUCUCAUUUGAUGAAGAACAUGUAAGAGAUAUUUUUAAAAUUAUUUCUGAUAACGAUAGAUUAGAAUUAAAUAAUCAAGAUGAUGUAUUACAAAUGACUACUUCUUUUGUUCAACCAUUGAUUGCUUAUUUAAUCGAUAUAAAGAGUAGUUUAUUAGAUAAAUUAUUACAGUUUCUUGGUAUUGGUGGAUUGAGUGCUGUUGAAAAUGUUAGAAAUGAAUUAAAACCUUCAUAUAAUAUUUUAACAAAUCAAUUAAAAGCAAUUGGUCAAAAAUCGAUACCAAUUGAAAUUAUUGCAAGAGAUCAUCAUAAUCCUUCAUUUGAAUUCAAAAUUAGAUAA